GGGGCAACGGGAUGCUAGUGUCUUGAGCCCUGGGGAGGCGUCUCUUUGUUGGGUGUCUGUACACCUCCCAGAUAGAGAGGCCAACCUCAAGCUCUUCAUUCGGUGCGACAUACACUGGGGGUCUUCAUCAAUACAGGGGCCCCCAGAGGGCCCCCCUGGGGGCCCCCCUUAUGGGGCCCCUGAGUCUGAGGGGGCCCCUCAGGGGCCCCCUCAGUGGGUACUAUUAGGGCCCCCCGAGGGGCCCCCUGAGGGGGUAUUAGUAGGGCCCCCAGGGGGGCUCCCUGCAGGGCCCCCUAAAGGGGUACAUAAUGGGGCCCCUGAGGGGCCCCCUGGGGGGCCCCCUGAAGGGCCCCUUGAAGGGGUACUUAAUGAGGCCCCUGAGGGGCCCCCUGAGGGGGUGUUUGUGGGGCCCCUUGCAGCACUAAAGGGGGCCCCUGAAUGCCCGCAUGCAUCAGAAAAUGAGGCCUCCAAGGGGCCCUACGAGGGGCCCCCGGAGGAGCCCCCUAAAGCCUUUGAUGGAGCUUCAGCAGCAAGAGCAGCGGGAGCAGCAGCAGCAGAAGCAGCACCAACAGGACUACCAGCAGCAGCAGCAGCAGCAGCAGCAGCAGCAGCGCCUGGGGACGUAGCAGCACCAACGGCAGAUCGCAGCCUCGAGAAGCAGCAGCAGAGGCAGCAGCACAAACAGCAGCACAAGCAGCAGCAGAAGCAGCAGCAGCAGCAGCAGCGCGUGGGUAGCGGGGGUGUUGCUUCUUCUUUAAUUUCUCCUCAAGGGAGCAGAAGGCCUUUAACUGGAGCUCAGAUAUCCCCUGAAACUCUUAAACAAGUCCCCAGCCUCUCUCUAUCGCCGGGGGGCCCCUCUGCAGCCCCUAGGGGGCCCCCCAAGGGGCCCCCAAAGGGGGCCCCCAAGGGGGCCCCCAGGGGCCCCUCUAAGAAGGGUGUUGAGAGCAGCUGUUCCCCUAGUUCAGGUGUAUAUGAUGUGGGGGGCCCCUUAUUUUUAUUAAUUGAGGCUGAGGUGUCUGCGCAGCUUGAGGAGACAGUACAAACAACACAUAGAGACCCGCAGCCUUUACCCUUUAUUCAGAGGCCUCACAUAGACAAACCCCAGAUUAAUAAACAGCAAAAACAAAGCACAAACAAGCAAACAGUCUCCUCUCUUCUCCUUAAUUACACUCCUAACAACAAACACAAUAAACCACCCCAACAAAACCCUCAACAAACCCUCAAGGGGGGCCCCCAGGGGGGCCCCCAGCAACAUUCUCAGGGGGGCCCCCAUGGGGGCCCCCAGCAAGACCCUCAGGUGGACCCCCAGCAAGACCCUCAGGGGGGCCCCCAGCAAGACCCUCAGGGGGGCCCCCAGGGGGGCCCCCAGCAAGAGCCUCAUGGGGGCCCCCAGGGGGGUCCCCAGCAAGGGUUUGAUGGGGGCCCCCAGGAAGAAGACCCUCAGAAGGGCCUCGAGCAAGGCCCUGAUGGGGGCCCCCAAAAAGAGAGCUGCACAUACACCCCAAGCAUGCGCCAGCGACUGCAGCAGCAGCACCAGCUGUUGCUGCAGCACAAGCAGCAUCAAACUGCAAUAGCAGCAGCAGCAGCAGCAGCAGCAGCACAGAGAAAAGAAAGGCUGUCAACCCACAAACCCCCCCCAACCCAACAGAUGCAGCAGCAGCAGCAGCAACAGCAGCAGCAGCAAACGCAACUGGAGGAGCACAAGCAGCAGCAAAAACAGCAGCAGCAACAACGACAAAAACCCAAGCAGCAGCAGAAGCAGCAGCAGAAACAACAACAACAGAAGCAGCAGCAGAAGCAGCAGCAGCAGCAGCAGACCUAUUAA